CGCCAAGUAGUAUCAAUCCGUGGUUGUUUACGAUGCCAACCAAGCACACGAUGUGGCUCAUGCAAGUAGCGGCAUCGCUGCCUGUACCCGAGAAGCAUGCGUUGAAAGGUAUCCUUCCUCAUGGACGACACAACGCAUGUCGACACGGCGUGAUAUCACGUGGCAGAGAUGGUCCUUCGUGGGAACCGUCGGUUAAGGUCGAUCACGAAUGUCGAGGACGUGCACCGCGUCGUGACGAUUGCCGCAGUAAGCAAUGCGUUCAGGGCAUGGUACACCCUGUUCGACUCGCUCGCGAUUUCCACCGACACGGCGCGGUAUCUGCAUCAAAAUGAACAUGGCCUUCACAACGACGACGACGACGACUGGGCCGCGUCGUCAUCCGCUUCGUUCACGUACGGAGAAGUGGAUUUCUUUGGCUUGGCGUCGCUUCUUGCUGCCGUGCGACCUCGUCCUGGCCAGACGUUUUGCGACCUCGGACACGGCACUGGUCGCGCCGUCUUUGCCGCGGCGUUGCUGUAUCCCGAGCUCCGAGUCUUGGGGAUUGAGUUGGUGCCAUCGCUAUUCCAAGCUUCCCGUCGUGCGUUCAGAGCCUUUCCAUGUCACCACCACGAGCACAGCAUUCAACUCGUGCACGGCGACAUAUUGCAUGUGGAUUGGUGGAGUGGCUGUGACUUCGUGUGGGUGAAUGCGACGGCGUUCUCGGCGACGUUGUGGAACCACGUGCAAACGUUGGCGUUGCGAUUGCAGCCAGGCGCUAUUUUCGUGUGCCUCACCCAAGUACACGCACACCUUGUCCACGUGUUGGCUUGUUAUUGGGGGCUUUGUGGGGGUGAUAUAUCGAAACAUGGUCUUGCUGUUAUUUCAUCGUAUUUCAUACUAUUAAUAGUAUAUUAUUGCACCAUGGGCUUGGAAUUGGUUGGGGAAUUAAUAUUAUUAUUCUUACUGUUUUGUGUUGAUUUGGGAGAACGUCAUGUGUUUUCUUUUUAUAUUUUGAUGUUUAAUAUACAGGUCUUGUAGACGAUGACGGACACGGCGGCGUUCGACACGGUGUUAGCGCAGUGGCCCGUGGCGACCAGUUGGGGCUCUGAACUCGCCCAUGCGUAUCGCCGUAAAUAGGGGCCAUUCUCUUAAGUACUAGCUAGUCCUAUUAUUAUGCACGUCAAACUGUUUUUUAUAAAUAAAAACCUGUAAAUAGAAAUUAAAAUAAUAAAGUUAGGCCGAGUCUGGAUGCC